GGGGACGACAACCCGGCGUUGCGUUUCCACUUGGACACACCCGGCCUCCUUUUUAUUUCUCUCCCCUCCACGCCUUCCCCACGCGCCCGCCCACACACUGACACAGACACCCUCCUCUUUCGGCAUCUCCCCCCUGGAGGCGAGGCGACGAACUGGGCGAGCGGCGCCGCCCUUUGCCCAGGUCUCUCGGCGCUCCACCAGCUAGCGACUCCGCCAGGGCAGCAGCAGCAGCAGCAGCAGCAGACGGAUCGAUGGCGUCGUCGGUGCCGGCGCCAUCGGGGUCGGUGAUCACCGUGGCGUCGUCCUCGUCGUCCGCGGCCGCGGCCGCGGUGUGCGGCACCGGGUCGCCGUGCGCGGCGUGCAAGUUCCUGCGGCGCAAGUGCCAGCCGGACUGCGUGUUCGCGCCCUACUUCCCGCCGGACAACCCGCAGAAGUUCGUGCACGUGCACCGCGUCUUCGGCGCCAGCAACGUGACCAAGCUGCUCAACGAGCUCCUCCCCUUCCAGCGCGAGGACGCCGUGAACUCGCUCGCCUACGAGGCCGACAUGCGCCUCGGCGACCCCGUCUACGGCUGCGUCGGGGUCAUCUCCAUCCUCCAGCACAACCUCCGCCAGCUCCAGCAGGACCUCGCCCGCGCCAAGUACGAGCUCUCCAAGUACCAGGCGGCGGCGGCGGCUGCUUCCGCGUCGACGGGGCCGAACGGGCCGCAAGCCAUGGCGGAGUUCAUCGGCAGCGCGGUGCCCAACGGCGCGCACAACUUCAUCAACAUUGGGCACUCGCCGGCGCUCGGCUCCAUCGGAGGCUCCCUCGCCGCGUUCGGGCAGGAGCAGUUCGCCAACGCGCAGAUGCUGUCCAGGAGCUACGACGGCGAGCCCAUCUCGAGGCUGGGGAUCAACGGCGGCGACGAGAAGCCCAGCGCCGGCCAGUAGGGGCGCGGAUCGAUCGAUCCUGUCAGGUUACUGACGUGAGGACAUGAAAAAAAAACUUGAAGAGUGCUGAAGACUAAGUGGAGUGCAAUGAUGAUCUUAGAUUUCCAUCGUUAGGACGGAUGGUCAGUAUUUGUCUGUCGAUUUUACAUGAAGAGUGCGUGCAUGCUUAUGUUGUUUAAUUGCUUGUUUGUCAAUUACCGCCUCCGUCUCCAUCCAUCCACAAGAAGAUGAUCCAGCAUUUCAUGCGAGCAUGCAUCCACGAGCAGUGUCUAUAUAGGAGUAUGUUGUUGCUGUAGUUCAAGAGAAACAAUGCGUGCUGCUUGUCCCGGGGGCUUUUACCACUCGGACGGCUACCUCCCUUUUCCCCUUCUUCCCUAGUUUUCUACUCCUUCAUGUAUCGCUAGAUUGGCUCUACACACUACUGAAGUUGACCUUGAGAGAAAGUGCAGCUUCUUGAGACCUGAUGGGUACUGCUGCGUAUCCUUGCUUUUA